UUUCUAAUUUCUGUGUUCUGGCUCCUAAGGCAUUCUACUGUUUCAACAGGAUGGAUAACUUUCCCCCUGGAGGCUCUUCGUAGCAACAACGGAACAGCAGUCGCAGCCCACGACUCCGGCUGGCUACGCGGAGUCGAAGCAGUCGACGAAAAUUUUGGAUCACUGCAGUGAAGGUGGCAAAGAAAAGUGGUAGCCGUUUGUUCUUUUAAAUGGGCAUCGGUGCAGUCGAAACUGGGGCUUGCUGUCUGGUUGCCACUGGAUUGCCUUGUAGGUUGCGAUGAUUCGUGGGAAUGCCUUGUCGCUAGCUGUGUCUUGCUGGGUCGUUGGCUGUAACCGCCGGGAGCCCAGAGCAACCAUGGCAUAGAACCCUCUUGUCUGUUGUCCCGUGAAAUGACUACCAGGCUGACUUUAGGUAGUGUUUCCAGGGAACCUUCUGUGACUGAGUCUACCAUGGAUACAAUUUAGGGGUCUUGAAGGGCUGAGAGCCACUUUAAUCUGGUGCUCAUUGAGGUGAGAGCAUCUCAGAGACAGCGGUCACAAAUAGAAGUCAUCGAAGUAGUUGACAACCGAUAGAUUUGAAUAAGAAUGUCACCCCGUUUCUGCAGACAUCUCCUCAUGGAUUCAUGUGUCUGUAAGGCGCUGAUCUUUGAAACCCUUCCUCGGCCUGCGCAGUUGCAUGCAUGUAAGUGCUGCGCCUCGGUUUGCCUGUGAACAUCUGAUCCAGAUAAUUUUUAUGGUGUGUCCCCAUGGUCUCCUGCUUGCACACCAAAAUGAUGGGCCCCGCCCCCACUGCUGUGAGGUUUUGCUUUGGAGGACUCCGACAGAGGUUCAUUUUCGUUCUUUUGACAACGUUUCACUGGGUCGUUGACCUUCCCGCGAGCCCUGUGGAAGGCUUGUCGCCCAUACAAAAGUCAUUCCUUGUCCAGUUUGGGCGCACUGAACCGUCACUUGACCAAUCAAGAGAGGGUGUAGUGGCUGCGUUCAAGUUCGAAUCGCUCAGGCAAGUCUUCCAGGCCUCCAGGGGUGAGGAAUUCGAUAAUGACACAGUGAGAAGGACCGUGCUGCUAGGUCGUCAAACGUUUGAUAGCAUCAUGCAGCAGACUCUGUCACAACAUUCGGAUAAUCCCACUGAAGCAAGGCUACACAGCGGUUCAGGGAACCACUCCCUCCUUCCUUCCUUUACCAUUGACUCUAUUUCGACCAUGACGCUAGGAGGCAUUGAAUCGCUGCAGUUUUUUUGCUCCGUUGACCGUGUGGAAGGCAGCGAAGACUCGGCGAUACGGUGCAUUCCGCAGCCCCAAGCUUUGCCUGGCUCACUUCGGGUCGGCUUUAUCUUCCAACUGCUUCCAAGCACUGACAAGGUUUUCACCAGUCAGAGCUCAGCAACGUCGUCGCCUUUCUGUCGGAUUGUUCAUGACUCAACGCGGUCCGAAUUCCCUUCUUUUCUCGACGCAGCAAUUGGGAUUUGUGCAGCAUUCGGAUACGAAAACCAACUGAUCGUUCAGGACGGAAACCCAGCCCUAGAUUUGUUGCCAGAUUUGUAUCCGGAGGGUCUGCCCUCGAAGGGAUUUGAAUCCGUCCCUGCCCGCUACGUGAAGCCGUACCACUCGCUUUCGUUUGUGGGUCUCAAGCCUGUGGACGCGGUGCCUUCAGAAAAUCACAAGCACCACAGCCAAGCGGAUUUCCUUCCAAAUGAGGAGCUUGACACGCUCUCUUGGCGCGGCGUGGCUGUCAGCUCUUCUGUGUACGAAAAAGCUCUCGGGCGCCUCAAGGCGGCUGUACGUAACGCGGUCAUUUCCGAAGCAACGGAAGUCCGGGACUGCACCCUUCACGUGGGACGGCCCGCACAAUAUGAAGCAGUUCUGAAAAAAGUAGCCGGAAGUGCCUGUCUCCCCGGCAAGAACUUUCUCCAGUGUCUCGACGCUAUCCGUAUGGGGCCAUACGUACAGGAAGCCUACUUGGCCAUGCAUCAUAUGCGGCGACAAAUCGAGCAAUUGACUCCGCGAAUUUCGCCGAGCGCAGCGCAGAUGUUGAGCACGCUGACGGAGCGGGAAACUUGGCAAACGCUUCACUCUCUUAUUGGGCCACAAUCAGCUCGCCUGUUUGAGACACCCUCUCAAACGGCGUGGUAUGAAGAGGGAAUGCUUAAAGUGAAACAACACACCGCUCGAACGGAUGUUUCUCUCGUUCCCUCAUCAGAAACACUGAUUUCCGAAGCCCUACGCUUCCCGCUUUGGUUUCUGGACAUCUUCCCCUCUUCGAAGUACUGGCAGGAGUUAAAGCUUGGCUGCGUGUUGGAAGACCUCGCGUACCUCAGCGAGAUGGGCAGAGUCUUCAUUCGUCGAAGCCCGCGUCGUCUGGAAUAUCCAAUCAUGGUUUCCACGAGUAGAAUCGAAAAGCCUGCAGCUCUUCUUCAGGAGGACGCGACGGAGCUGCGAGGCAAGAGAACUGCACAAGAACUGGUGGGGUACGACGGCAAUGAUACAACAAGCGAAUCAGUAAUUGCAUCUGCAGAGGUCUUCUUGCCUAGCGGAAAGAGGAUUCGACCACUUCAACGUGUUUAUGCUUUCGAGGAUCUCAAAGCGAUUUCGAAUAUCAACCCCGCUCAAUCGGAUAAUGAUGAGGCAGUACGACGGCUCUGGCUUUCCUCGCCCGUUUUUGAAGAACGGGAGGACAUCACUGUCACUGGAGUGCCCGCCCGGGACAAAGGGACAUUCGAUCUGCGGUUUCUUUGCACCAAACGCGGGCGGUUUCGCGUUAGCGAAAAUCUGAUUGGGUGGUUCUCAAAAUAUCUCUGUGAGCCUGAGUAUGUCCCCGUCCCAGACAGUGAGUAUACUGGAGAACUCCGACAAGGUGACCUCCCGGUGAAUCGCUUGAUUGGUAUCGAAUUUGAGGACCAUGCCCCUUGGAGAUGUGGAGUCAGCUUUCUCGGGACACAAAGGCAGUUGAAAGAGACAGCUGUCCGUGGAUCCGAUCUUCUGAAGAUAAUGACUGGGCUCUGUUCCUUGGUUGGCUUCAAAACUGGGUGGAUUCUCGACAGCGUAACAGAUUUAUCAGCGCAGGAAAUGAUGAAAAUUACAAUGGUGCUCGAGAAGCGCAUCUCCUUCUACGAGAAUCAGGGUUUUUUGCUCUCGAUUAAUACAAUCAAAAGCAGAGAACAAAUGGAAACGUGCACCGGGUCUAGUGCAGAAGACCCUACCACCCUACUGUCCGGUGUGUGCAAGCAGCCACACGACAUCUUGAUGAAUCCCGGGUUCGAGGCAACUACUUUCUACACCCUCUUCAAACGCGCGUAUGAUACGCUGUACAACCUUACAUUUGAUUGCAACUCGCCCUCAUGGCAGAACUGCGGAAAAGCUUUUCCACUGUCCGUCAAAGACCACCGUGGCGGCGGCUGUGCUUUUGAGCGGCACCCUCUGUUUCACGAGCUGAAGUACCUGAAUCCUGAGAAGUGUGGUACGGGCAAGAGAAUCGGCGAGUGCCACGAGUUUGUCAGGAAGCAUCUUAAGUGCAACCGUCACGAGAAAAACGGGUGCAAAUACCUCGUUUUCCUGCACACUCAAUUCCUCUACCCUGGCGGAAACGUCGAAAGGAAGUUGCCCAAGGUCGUUCAAGAUCAAUACGAAAUUGUCGGUAAAGAUAUCCAUAAGGAGGCAGGGCCCUUGCUGUUCGAAGCCAUUCGAAAGUCUGCGCGGGAAGAGUUGUCUAGAAUCAGUUCCGGUCAGCCUGUCGGUACAACUGAGCUAUGGGAAAGGCAAGACGGAACUGCCAGUGACGGUGAACAAAGGGCUGCUAUGGUCAGCAGUGUGAGAGAUAUGCUUUUGGAGUCGUUGAUAUUCGUAGACUGGAGUGGAACGCCCCAGUUCUGGAUUCGUGCCCAGUACGAUUAUGAUGCUAAAACUGGCAUGAGGAGAGAGGACAAGGACAACCUCUUCUGUCCUGUUGCGUAUGCAUGGGCAUACAUUACACGGCUGCAUGGUCAGCUGUACAGGCAUUCAAGCGAUUAUUUCAACGAAACAACUCCGAGAUCUGCUCCAAAAUCAGAGGGUCAGCAGGAUGAGGAGCUGUCGCCUCUAGACACGGCGACGCCACAAGAUAGCAGUGGAAUCGAAUCGAACGACUCAGACACAAAGCAAGACCAGAGACCAGUUGAAAGACACCACUUUUGAGGUGUCAAGUAUGCCGUGGAAUUUGUGUGGCUAUAAUACUGCCUUUUGGAAGGCCAUUGCCUUCUGCAACCAAAUUUGUUGAUGUACGACGCUGUUUCAUUCGGUUUGGUCCGCUGACGGUUGCUACCUCCCCCCCGCAGCUGUCUCCAUAGAGAUGGCCACGGACAUAGGAGACCACAAACAAAUCUACAAGUUCUGACUAGUUUGGAAGGGAAGCAGCAUUCUCUGUUGUCUGCUUUUCUCGUUCAUGCAAUUGUAUGGCUGUCAAGAUAAAUUUAGGAAAAUGUGUUUUUAGUCGCAAGACUUUGCAUCUUUGGUGCCCCUUCGGAGUAUAUUCGCACCGGUGAAAUGCAGAGCGGCACAUUCCUGACGUUUGUCCCAUGGAUUCAGAAAACUAUAGCUGUGGUUCAGCUGACAAUAUGUUAAGGCGAACGGAACAUAUGCACGUCUGUCAUCCUAAUAAAGAGUCGAGACACUUUGUCAAUCCUUUCACGCACCGGUACACAUGUGUUCAAGACAGUUCAUGGAGUGCCCGGAGGGAGACACGAUGUGUUCGGUCAAAGCGGGCACGGGAAAUAUCAGCCAGUUAGUGGCAUAACCACACUCGAAGCGAAUUCUGUCCAUAUUUCAGAGUCAUCGCCACGCUGUCCCCUGCUUCUUAGUUUCUGGAUUUUAGUCAUGGUUCGCACCUAUGGCUGCUCUACGUGAAUAGUAUUUUC